AUGGCUAAAAUCUUCACAGCUGGCGACGUGGCGUCGCAUAACAAGCCCGAUAGCUUGUACAUCACCAUUGACGGUGACGUCUAUGAUUUGACCACGUUCCAAGACGACCACCCUGGCGGCAAGAAGAUCCUGCAGCGAGUCGCCGGCAAGGACGCCUCCAAGCAGUUCUGGAAGUACCACAACGAGGGCAUCCUGAAGAAGUACAAGGCCAAGCUCCAGGUCGGCUCCCUCGACACCAAGCCCAAGGAGGAGCCCAAGGAGGAGCCCAAGCCGACGCCCGCCCCUGCUCCCAAGGCCGUUGUCAAGGCGUCAAGUAGCAGCGAGGACGAGUCGGAGCCUCUGGAGGCGUUUGGCGACCAGAUCCCCUUUGCGGACCCCAGCUGGUACCAGAACUACCACUCUCCCUACUUCAACGAGUCGCACGCGGCGCUGCGUGCCGAGCUUCGCCAAUGGAUCGAGAGCGACAUCGAGCCUUAUGUGACGGAGUGGGACGAGGCGAAGCGCGUGCCCGAGGAGAUUUACAAGGAGAUGGGUCGCCGGGGGUACCUGGCCGGCCUGCUGGGCGUCAAGUACCCGACCGAGUACGUGCCUUCGGGCAUCAAGUCGGUGGCUCCCGAGCAGUGGGAUCUCUUCCACGAGAUGAUCUUGACCGACGAGCUGUCGCGGACGGGCUCUGGCGGCUUCGUCUGGAACGUCAUUGGCGGCUUCGGCAUCGGCGGCCCGCCCCUGUUCAAGUUUGGAUCCAAGGCCCUCAAGGACCGUCUCGCGCCUGGCAUUUUGAGCGGCGACAAGCGCAUCUGCCUGGCCAUCACGGAGCCUGAUGCCGGAUCUGACGUGGCCAAUCUCACGUGCGAGGCCAAGCUGAGCGAGGACGGCAAGCACUACAUUGUCAACGGCGAGAAGAAGUGGAUCACCAAUGGUAUUUGGGCCGAUUACUUCACUACUGCUGUGAGGACUGGCGGGCCUGGCAUGAAUGGCGUCUCGCUGCUGCUGAUUGAGCGCGGUCCUGGUGUGACUACGCGCCGGAUGGAUUGCCAGGGCGUGUGGUCUUCUGGUACGACGUAUAUUACCUUUGAGGACGUAAAGGUUCCUGUUGAGAACCUGCUCGGCAAGGAGAAUCAGGGAUUCCGAGUCAUCAUGACCAACUUCAACCACGAGCGCAUGGGCAUCAUCAUCCAGUCCCUGCGCUUCGCCCGCGUCUGCUACGAAGAGUCGGUCAAGUACGCCAACAAGCGCCGCACCUUUGGCAAGAAGCUCUAUGAGCACCCGGUCAUCCGCAUGAAGCUGGCGCACAUGGCGCGCCAGAUCGAGGCCUCGUACAGCUGGCUGGAGAGCCUCGUCUACCAGUGCGAGAAGAUGGGCGAGACCGAGGCCAUGCUGCGCCUCGGCGGGCCCAUUGCCAGUCUCAAGGCGCAGUCGACCAUUACCUUUGAGUUUUGCGCCCGCGAGGCCAGCCAGAUCUUUGGAGGUUUGUCGUAUUCUCGUGGUGGGCAGGGCGGAAAGGUCGAGCGGUUGUACCGUGAUGUGAGAGCGUAUGCUAUUCCUGGUGGUUCUGAGGAGAUUAUGCUUGAUCUCAGCAUGAGGCAGUCCCUGAGAGUUGCCAAGGCCAUGGGCAUGAAGCUGUAA